UUGUUCUAGUCAGUCAUCAGUCAGGAACUGAAUAUCCUGAACCAAACAUUUAACUAUAAUUUGAAUUUCUUUUUUUCCCCCCCAGACACUGCAAAUGGAUGUCAACAAGCUGAACAUAACCUUGCUCCGAAUAUUCCGCCAGGGAGUGGCGGCUGCGUUAGGACUCUUACCCCAGCAAGUGCACAUCAAUCGCCUCAUUGGAAAGAAAAACAGUGUGGAACUCUUCGUGUCUCCCAUAAACCGAAAAGGAGGCAUCUCCGACGCCCUGCCAGCUGAGGAAGUGCUGCGUUCACUUAAUACCAAUGUUUUGCAUCAAAGUUUAUCCCAAUUUGGAAUCACAGAAGUUUCCCCUGAGAAAAAUGUUCUGCAAGGGCAGCAUGAAGCGGACAAAAUCUGGAGCAAAGAAGGAUUUUAUGCCGUUGUCAUAUUUCUCAGCAUCUUUGUUAUGAUAGUAACAUGCUUGAUGAUUCUUUACAGAUUAAAAGAAAAGUUUCAGCUUUCUUUGAGACAAGAUAAAGAGAAAAAUCAGGAGAUCCACCUAUCACCCCUCGCUUUACAGCCAGCACAGUCUGAGGCAAAGACAGCCAACAGCAUGGUCCAGCCUGAGCAGGCGCCGAAGGUCCUGAGUGUGGUCGUGGACCCUCAAGGUCGACACGCUCCUGAGAUCAAAGCUACCACCUCUGUCUGCCCUUCUCCUUUCAAAAUGAAACCCAUCGGACUUCAAGAGAGGUAA